GCGCCUGCUCAGUGCGGGACGCUGCGCGCGAGGGGCGGCGACGGCCGCGGGCGCUCAAGCAUGGCGGCAGCCGCGUUGGGCAGCUCCUCGGGCUCUGCGUCCCCAGCUGUGGCCGAGCUGUGCCAGAACACGCCGGAGACCUUUCUGGAGGCCUCCAAGCUGUUGCUCACUUACGCGGACAACAUCCUCAGAAACCCUAAUGAUGAAAAAUAUAGAUCUAUCCGGAUUGGAAACACAGCUUUUUCUACUAGACUCUUACCUGUCAGAGGAGCCGUUGAAUGUUUAUUUGAAAUGGGCUUUGAAGAGGGAGAAACACAUCUCAUCUUUCCUAAAAAAGCUUCAGUGGAGCAGCUGCAAAAAAUUCGUGACCUGAUUGCCCUGGAAAGAAGUAGCAGAUUGGGUGGAUCAAAUAAGACUCACAGAGUAGAAUUAUCUCAGCAACCUGCAUCCGGUCCCCAGCUUCCUACAACACAGUCUUCAAAUCCGAACGGGUUAACCCAGCUUGCAGGGAGCAGUGAAGGGCCGUCACCCAACCUACCGUCUGCUCCAGGGGUUACCACUGAUUCAGUCAUUCUAAAAGUUCUGCGGUCCAACAUUCAGCAUGUGCUGGUCUAUGAGAACCUUAAGCUCCAGGAAAAAGCACUGGCUUGUAUUCCAGUCCAAGAACUAAAAAGGAGAUCUCAAGAAAAAUUAUCUAGAGCUAGAAAAUUGGAUAAAGGUACUAAUGUUAGUGAAGAGGAUUUUCUUCUGCUGGAGCUUUUACACUGGUUUAAGGAAGAAUUCUUUCAGUGGGUGAAUGACAUUUUGUGCAGCAAAUGUGGUGGCCACACUAAGUCUAGAGGUGAAUCAUUAUUUCCCAAUGAUGAUGAACUGAAGUGGGAUGCGAACAGAGUAGAAGAUCAUUACUGUGAUACAUGCCAGUUCAGCAAUCGAUUCCCAAGGUAUAACAACCCUGAGAAACUUUUAGAAACGAGAUGCGGACGGUGUGGCGAGUGGGCCAAUUGUUUCACACUGUGCUGCCGAGCCUUAGGGUUCGAAGCUCGCUAUGUUUGGGAUUACACAGACCAUGUCUGGACAGAAGUCUAUUCUCCUUCUCAGCAGCGGUGGCUGCACUGUGACCCGUGUGAAGAUGUCUGUGAUAAGCCGCUCCUUUAUGAAGUAGGGUGGGGCAAGAAGCUUUCCUAUGUCAUAGCAUUUUCUAAGGAUGAGGUGGUUGAUGUCACUUGGCGAUACUCUUGUAAACACGACGAGGUAAUCUCCAGAAGAACUGAGGUUAAAGAAGAAUUACUUCGAGAAACUAUUAAUGGACUUAAUAAGCAGAGGCAAAUAUCUUUGUCGGAAAACAGAAGAAAAGAACUUCUCCAGAGGAUAAUCGUGGAACUUGUUGAGUUUAUAUCUCCGAAAACCCCUAAGCCUGGAGAACUUGGUGGAAGAAUAUCUGGGUCAGUGGCUUGGAGAGUAGCCCGAGGUGAAAUGGGUCUAGAGAGAAAAGAAACCCUGCUCAUUCCCUCUGAAAAUGAGAAGAUUUCCAAACAGCUCCACCUCUGUUAUAAUAUUGUGAAAGAUCAUUACGUCCGAGUUUCAAAUAAUAAUCAAAUCAUUUCUGGAUGGGAGAAUGGUGUGUGGAAAAUGGAAUCCAUAUUCAGAAAAGUUGAAACAGACUGGAACAUGGUGUACUUAGCCCGAAAAGAAGGAUCGUCUUAUGCUUACAUUUCCUGGAAGUUUGAGUGUGGGUCAGUUGGCUUAAAAGUAGAUAGCAUUUCUGUUAGAACAAGUAGUCAAACCUUUCAAACUGGAACAAUACAGUGGAAAUUGCGAUCCGACGGAGCACAAGUAGAACUGUCAGGCGAUAAAACUCUUCGUUCCUAUCAUGAAUUUUCUGGUGCCACUGAAGUUAUUUUGGAAGCAGAAUUAAGCAGAGGAGAUGGUGUGGUUGCUUGGCAACAUACUCAGCUGUUUAGACAAAGCUUAAAUGACCAUGAAGAAAAUUGUUUGGAGAUCAUUAUAAAAUUCAGUGACCUUUGAGAACCUGAACAUUAUAGAAAAGCUGACAAUAAUCAAGGACUUCCCAUGUUUUGAAGUAGUCUGUUGGUUCAGUGCAUGCUUAGUUGGCCAUUUACUACCCUCUGCCAGCAUAUUUCUUUUGCUGGCUCUCCCAUCAUGUACCCCUCAUGAAAAUAUAUCUUUGUACUAUGGACCAUAAUGAAACCUUGAAUUAAAAGCUCCCUUCCGUAUGUGACUGUAAUUUGAAGUAAAGUCUUAUUGCCUCAGUAUGAGAUUUUAAUCAGAAAACUGUGAGUAUAAUUUUAAAAGUAAAAUGAAGGUCUUCAUGAUGAAAUGUUUUCAUGAUUAUGAUAUAAUCUUAAGCUAAUACUAGUAAAUUGACAAUUUUUGAUUGGCCAUUAAUUUCUUCAAAAGUAAUUAGAUUUCCUAAGAUUUUUAAUUUUUAAUAAAUGUGAAAGUAUAGUAUCUCCUAAGUUAUAAUGCAUGAACAUUUUUAUGAUUGUAAAUACAUAGGCAUUUAAGAAAUAAAAUGAAUUAUUUUGUCUUAUAUCAUUUUAGUGGUUACUUUGGCUAAAUAAGAAUCCUUAAUAAGUAUGCUAAACAUUGAAAACUGCUGGAAUAGACAAGACUUAUGAAAACAUUUAACACUGCAUAAAUUCAGAGAUACAUUAUGAAUCCACGUGUGGACACUUUAGAAUACGCUUUACUUUUGAGUUUACUUUUGAGUAUUUCUAUCUACCUCAUUGAAUAAAUAUCUGUUCUUGUGUUUGAAACUA